GUCACGUCAGCUAGAUGUAGGAUGGAAUGAGAGUUCCGCAAAAACAGCGUCUGUAGAACCUCCACAGCCGGGGUCUGGGCAACCCAACCAGCCAAUUCACACUACAGCAUACGCAUCAGCCAUGUCGAAGGAAGGUAUUCUCAUAUCAUCACCUUCUACGUAUAACGAGAUGAGCCGUCGCAAUUCCAACCAUGUCACAGUCUAUGACAGGGGCUAUGGUAACAGUCUCGACCGUCCCGCAGAAUCGAUGACGCUGUUGGCCAUUGUGUCACUGAGCCUGUACUCAAUUUCUUGGGGAAAGGCAUGUGGGGAUGAUACGUGGCGAAUUGGGCUCUGAGGGAGUCGUUGUCAUACUUACUACCAACCAUCUCGAAAGACUUGACGAAACUCUGUAUCGGUCCCAAAGGGUGGACAGAAAGAUUUGGUUCCCAGCAGAGAUCACCAAGGAAGCUGUGGUCAAAUCCUGAAAGUCCGAUAUCCAAAGCGCAAAAUGGAGAAUGUCAAUCUGGAGCAGAAUGUGUACAAGGGGAGAACGGCAGGUGAUCACCAAUAUUUGGAUGAUAGCGACUACUCUUCAGCUGUUAGUGGCUUGGAAGAGUGGCUGUCAGAUGGAGCGAGGACGGAGUCGGUUGAGAAUGUGGGAGCCACAGACAAGGAGUGAGAAGGAAUAUCACCCUUUGACGUCUCGCUGUUCUCAUGCAUUCAUUGCAUGAGAACAGCCAC